UCCAAAUAAUAAAUCGCGAGGUAUUCAUUGCAAUGAACUCUUAAGGAAUACUUCAAUGUGAACUCAUUGUGGCUAAUUCCUCAAGAAUUCUUUAUGUAUUCAUUUUUCUACUUCUCCAAGUAUUCAUUAAAAUGACUUCUUUAGGAAUUUCUGUUCAUCUCUGUGUUAUCUGGGGCGCGAUGCGUCUUCUACGAUAAUUAUGCUUAGAGAUUAACGUUCAACAUCACGUAUUGUCAAUACAACUCUAAAGGCCAUUCUACAAUAGGUUGCAAAUGUUCUGUUGCGAGUUGCAAGUUGCCAGUCGCAAGUUUUAAAUCAUCGCAAUAACUUAUCUACAUUUGGAGUUGCGGAAGUUGCGGAUUGUCCAGAAACAGCCAAUCAGAGAACGGAACGUCGUUAUUUGUAAAAGCUGUAUCCAAGAAGUUUACAUUUUACAUAUCAAGCAGGUUAUGAAUGCAUCGAGUGAUUUUUUAUAUGCAACAUAUUGAAAAUGUUACAAAAUAAAAAGAAAUAUUUAAAGCGUUUACAGAAAGUCCUUGUAAGUCUUUCAAUGGCAUGGAACUUUUUUAUGAUAACAAUAAGUUGCAAUGAAUUAGAAAAAUUAAUAAAAGCGAAUAGAAAAUGGUGGGUAAGACCAGUACACUUUGAUAAAAAGAAAUGCGGCCACUAUGAAAAUUUAUUAAAGUAUCUUUUAAAUGAAGAUCAUGAAUUAUUCUAUCAAGAUUAUAAAAUAUCUGUUGAGCAGUAUAAUACUAUACUUAACAUGGUACAACCACAUUUACAAAAAUAUUCUAAAAAAGCUUCACAUCCACCAAGUUUGCGCUUAGCUUUGACAUUAUCGUACGUAAUAAUAAUUUUUAUGUGUUGGGAUAUAAAUUUGGUUAAAUAUUUAGUAUGUAAAAAAUUUUUAUGUGUUAGAUUUCUUGCUCAUGGAGACAGUGUGAAUACAACUGCAAGAGGAUUUAGAGUUGGAAAAUCUACAGCGUACAAAAUAAUUCUUGAUACUUGCAAUAUUAUCUGGAAUGUACUUCAACUAAUCUAUCUUCCCAGCCCAACAGCAGAAUCAUGGAGGUGUAUUGCUGAAGAUUUUUUUAAGAUUUGGAAUUUUCCAAACUGCAUUAAGGCUGUAGAUGGAAAACAUAUUCCAAUCCAAUGCCCUCCUAACACAGGAAGUUUAUAUUAUAACUGUGGGCGUGUUGUUCGCUCGCAGUUAAGUUGUACGCAGAGGAAUACGGUGCGUGAAGAGAAGUACACUGGUUUCUCCUUAAAUAAAUAGUUUAUUCUAUAUGUAUAUUUUGUACAGAGUCUUUAUGUUUGUAAUUUGUUUGGUGGCCCUGACAAGGGCCGAUUGUGUAGCUGGAUCUUAAGCCUCCCGCGGUCUCCAAGCUAUUGGUGGUUGAGCUUUUGUCACCCGUACUCCACUGGCGUUGUUGUUUUCGUCCAGGGAUAGUGUGGAUGUUAUCUCAGGAACCUGGUCGUCUGCGGCUCACUUUCGCUUGGAAGAUUGUAUUUCCUUCUGCUUGGCCGCGCGUUUCUCUCUACGAAGGCGUCCUGUUGGCUUGUCGCCGGGUUGACUGCCUUCCGUUGGCGUCCUGGCCUGAUCCGUGCUGCUGCCUUCGUGUUGCGUACCGUGGUCCCUGGUUGCCGGUAGGGCGAUGGUCUGCGUUGCUUGAUUCUCCUAGAUCGUGUCCUCCGUCUGGGUACCUCUGGUGGUGGUCUCCCUUGCCAAGCUCUCCAACAAGUCCGGUAGCAGGUACCGGGGCGAAGUAUAGCGCCAAAUCCGUGGGUCGUCGGCGGCCAAUAGUACCCUCGACGGUCUGGUCCUUCGUAAUGGUGGGAUCACAGCGAUUGCGGGGUCCCACGGCUGCUCCUUGGUAGCCAGCGUGCUCGCUAGUGUUGUAUACGAGAAACGGCAAUAUCUUCGUAUCAGCAAAAAAAAAGACUCGAGUGCGAGUAUGCAAAGAGUAAUUCGUCCGUCUUCCCGUGCUCCUUAUAAAGCCUAGAAGUCGUCAUCUUACUCCUGAGAUAAGAUGGCCUCUGGUGGCGUCCGCGCGCAUUUCACUUUCCUUACAGUCGAAAUUCUUACUGUGUCAGACGGGUUGCACGGCUGUCAGGCGUUUUUGGAAAUUUUUACAGUGUCGGACGGGUUGCGCCGUUGUUAGGCGCUUGGUGUGGUGACUAACGAUUUGUGUCGCCACAAUAACUAUAAACAUUUUUUCAGCAUUGUGUUAAUGGCUGCUGCUGAUGCUAAGUAUAAAUUUACUUGAGUUGAUAUAGAAGAUUAUGAUAAGUUUAUUAACGGGAGAGAAAGUGAUUGUUUAAUGUUUUUAUUGUUAAUAGCUGAUUUUACAAUUAUUACAGAUUCUAUGAGUGAUGGAGGCAUAUGGACACUUGGCUCUGCUUUGAAAGAAGGCUCUGUUAAUUUGCCUCUGCCACGUUUGCUUCCUAAUUCAAAUAUAAUAUUUCCACAUUUUUCAGGGGACGAAGCGUUCCCAUUAAAGACAUACAUGAUGCGGCCAUACCCAAAGAAAAAUUUAUGUGGUCGCAAACGAAUUUUCAAUUAUAGGCUCAGUAGAGCACGUAGAGUAAUUGAAAAUUCCUUCGGUAUACUUACUACUAAAUGGAGAGUGCUGCGUUCUCUGUAUUGUUCUCUGUAUUGUUCUCUUGCCAAUGCAGAAGUAAUAGUAAAGGCUUUAAUAUGCCUUCAUAAUUUUAUUCUUUCUAAGGAAGAUAUUGGUGGACGUUAUUGCCCCAAUAAUUUGUUAGAUCGUGAAGAAAACGGAAUAUUCCAACCUGGUGCAUGUAGGAACGAAGGAACUUUAAAUCAUAUACAAGAGUUGCGUGAAAUUGAUUCUAACAAUUCUAGAAAAGCAGUAAUUGAAUUGAGGGACAAACUUCGAGAUUAUGUUAAUAGCGUCGAGGGCCAGGUUGAAUGGCAAAUGGAGCGUGCUUUUUAUAACAAUGUGAAUCUAAAUUGAUUAAGUACUUAUUAUUCGACUAUUAUAAUUUUUGCGAUAUGAAAUUGUAGAUGUGAAUCUGCAUAUAAAUAUUAUCUUUUAUAUAUUAAAAAACUGUGAAGAAAAGACUGAAAGAAAAUUUGUUGUGCAGUAUUAUAAAUAAAUAAUUAAGAUUUAACACAAUUAUAUUAUUUAUUUUUUUAAAAUAAUUAAUUAAUCAUUAGUAUCAUUCAUUAUUUUCCUUUAUUAGACUUAUUUAUUAAUAUCCAUAUAAAGAGUAUGUAUAUAGCAUUAAAAAAAUAAAAAUUAUAAUAAACAAAAGGAUUUUAUUCUGUCUUAAAGAAAUACUGGAGGUAAUUGUCAUUUUUCGAACAAUCUCAUGCAAUUGGUGGACUUUUACGUACUUAAAAAAUCGAACAAUCACAGAUAUUAGUAUAUUUGAUAUAACUAAUAAAAUAAUAUCACUUUUUAUUACGCUACAUAUGAAAGACAAGUAUCACUAACAGAUAUCUAUCUUAUUUGUCUUAUAAUACACAUAAAAAACUGAAGACAAUAGCACACAAAU